UAGUUUGGUCUGGAUUUUUCAAGUCAAGAGGACAAACUCCCUCGCGUUAUUAGGUAAAAUGGUGAAAGGAUAUUCUUUUACCACGCUGUGAGGAUUAACUACUGUCCCGGAAUCACGGCUGGUGACCAAAAGGAUCAUAUUUGUUGUAACAGAUCCCUCCACCGUGUUCGUUCGGAAAUCCUAAGCCACGCCCCGUUCACGACGCUACCUCUCGAUCUUGAUCGUCUAAGUUUAUUUAAAACAUUCUGAAGAUACUCAUAAGAAGAAUAAACUUCGCUUGAUUAGCCUUGCACGCGAGCAAAACUGACAAACACGUAAUUUUGAACUUAGGGAGGAAAGCUCGCCAUUUCCCGCGUUCGCCAAAGAAGUAUGUCGUCCCGUGACGUCAUGGCCGAGGUUAUAUAUACAGGUGGCUGGAUUUCCUCGGCAGUACUUUCUCUUCUGCCGCUCCUUAGUUCGUACCUCUGAGGCGGUUGUGGUGUUCAAAGAUACGCUUCUACAUUAACAAAGAUUAUUGUGCCGUCUCUCCUUGGACACCGUUUUGGAUUUGCGAUGGAUACAGGAUACUAUUCAAGACUUAUAUACCCCACUUCAGGAGAAUCAUGCUGAAUAAAAGAUAUUGCAGAGCAGUCAUCAGUGCCCUAAUAUGCUUUUUAUGAAAGGGAAUUCUAUAUAACAGAAAAUGGCAUUUAUUAGUUUUGCAAAGGUAGCAUUGCUGUAUGCAACAGCAUUUGCCUCAGUCGAGUUGUGCAUUGGCUUUGGAUACCCUGAUUUAUUAGCCAUGAAUGCAACGUGCCCUCCAAAAGACACUUGUAAAAUUGUUGGUAAAGGACCUCGUCUUGAUGAAUCCAGUAACUGGAAAUACAGAAACUGUUUCUGUGACGACUUGUGCUCCAAGCAUGGAGACUGUUGCCUUGAUGCUAAUGCAUAUGUAGCCGAAGAACAAGCAAAGACUGUGGAUGAUUAUGAGUGUGUAAAACUGACUCAGUUCGGUUCUCUGUAUAUGAUGGGGGAAUGUCUCCCAGGUUGGAGUGAUCCAGUAAUUGCUGAACGAUGCACAGGCCCAUUAGAAAAGGGUAGUGAUCCUCUUUUGGAAAUGCCUGUCACAAGCUUAGAAACUUACGUGACUUAUAAAAAUUAUUUUUGUGCAGUUUGCAACAAUGACACAAGUUCCUAUGAAAUUUGGAAAGCCCGUCUUGAGUGUCCAACUCUAGAACAGUACCAGAAGGUACACAAGAACUUAACUAUGGAAUUUGUGCUACAUGAAAUUACUUAUAAAGAUAUGAAUUGGGGUUUGCAUGUUCAUGAUGAGGGAGGUUAUGUGUUUCACAACUGUUAUGUUUACCCAGUUAUGCCUGUGACUGUAACUCAUAUGGUUCGGCCCUGCGUUCAGGAUGUGAUUAAAACUUGUCCAUUGACGUGGAUAGAUGAAAAAGUUGAAGAUCUCUGCUUAUCUUAUACAGCAGUAAGGUAUAAGUUUGAUCAACCAUAUAGAAAUAUUCAUUGUGCACUUUGUAAUGGUGUUGAUUUGGAGUCAACAUUUUGCAUAAAUAGAGAAUUUUUCAGGGAGUUCUUCUUAGAUUCAUUUAAUAAUCAGUCUUUUGCAUUGCUACUGGAUUUUAAAGACAGAACAGGUGGCAAUAUAGUUGGAUCUACCACAACUUGUCAAUUAGGGGAGGUUUUUGAUCCAUUUUUCAAGAAAUGUAGAAGGGUUAUUUGUGGGAAAAGUAGUCAAGAAUAUAGGUUUGGUCGUUGUGUCGACAUGGAGCUUCCAAAGCUGGUUAGUACUGAGGUAACCACAACUGCUACAACCUUAGGUACACAACCUCCAGUUGCUAAUAAAACUAGACUUUCAGUCCCAAAUAAACCAGAAUUAAGCACAGUUUCUCAAGUAAACAAAUCUAACAACACAGCUUAUUCCAUUCUUGACAGCCCAAUUAAUCCCAUUAUUAAUAGCUCAGCCUUUAAUACCAAUGUGUCAUCAAAUACUAAUGAAACAGUGUCUGUAAUUUUAAGCACUGAAUCACCACUGCUCAUCACAACAGCUGUUGUAGAUUCCAAAGUAAAGCCUAUGCUGAAUGGAAGUGAUGUAAAACCUAUGCUAAAUGAAAGUGAUGAAAGGGCGGAAGUUAGGAAAAUUCCUUCAGAUGCUAAUGAUGAUUUUGGAGAAAAUGUCACUCCAUCAAUUCCCAAUGAUUUAAGUACCAAUUUGAUUAACACUUCAUCCGAGGCUGAAAUUGACAAUGGUACUACACCUGCUUGGUUUCUGCCCUGCGAGAAGUUUUUCUUGCCAAAAGAAGAGUACGUUGUGGGUGAGAAUGGAACUGUAGUAGUUGAAAAAUACCAACGUACUUACGAACCAAAUGAAUAUGAGCUUAGUGAGGGUGGAAUUUUAGUGUGUAUAAUUCGGACUGAAACGGAAAAAUUUUCAAGCAUAAUGGGAUGGGUAACCCUUGGUGGUCUUGGGCUUUCCUGCGUAUGCCUUUUGCUCCACCUUAUCGCAUUCUUGAUUGUACCAGAACUACGGAACCUUUCUGGAAAAAACCUUUCCUCUCUCUGUUUAGUUCUCCUUGGUGCCUUCUCCUCCUUUAUUCUGAGUACAUUUGGAGAACCAGGUGGAAAAGAAUGUUUCAUUUUGGCAAUCUUUAUGUAUUACUUCUUUUUGUCUUCAUUUUUUUGGGUAAACAUAAUGGCAUUUGAUGUUUGGAGAACAUUAAGUUUAGCUACUACUGAACUUAGAGUUAGUGCAGGAGGUCAGUGCUGUAAGUUUAUGGUUUAUGUUGUUUAUGGAUGGCUAUUUCCAGCAACUGUAGUAAUUGGUGUGUUGCUGUUGGAUAUAAUAAGGCCUGAAUUUUUGCCUGACCAAUAUUACCCAGCUUUUGGCGAAUACUGGUGCUGGUUUGGUCAUCGUAAAGCUCUGCUAGUGUUUUUUGCAGCUCCAUUGAUGACUAUAAUGGUGCUGAAUAUCAUCUUGUUUAUUUUGUCUGCACGUAUUAUAGCAAACACAAUGGAGUCCACAGCAAAAAUGACGAGUUGCGCUCCCUACCAGAGUCAGUUCAAGCUGUAUAUGCGUUUAGCAUUGUUGAUGGGAUUGACAUGGAUAAGUGGUAUUGUAGCAGGAUAUUUACAGGUAGAAGCCAUUUGGUACAUUUUUGUACUGCUGAAUACACUGCAAGGAGUAUUUAUCUUCUUGGCAUUUACUUGCACAAGAAAAGUCUGGCAUACAAUUCGUUGUGGUUGCUGUAGACGGAUAGGAAAGAACAGAUCUUGGGUUUGUAGGAGUUAUUCGUCUAGUAAACAGGGACUUCAGUCAACCAAUUCCAACACAUCAAACCUGUCUCAGACAUUAUCUCCCACCUCUCCAUUUUCUGCAAAUGCUCAGAAUUCUUCUAGUUAAUAAACCAAAGUAACAUCCACAGCAGAAGUGUUUAUUUUUAAUUUAAAAAAUAAUAACACAGUGGACUCUGUGUAGUGCAGAAAUUUCUGCAGCCUCUUUGUACAAAUGUAGAAACUUAGUAUUUUGUAAAAUUUCUUUUAGUAGAAAUGUGUUUAAUGCUAUUGUGUAUAUAAGUUUCAGAAAAUGGCAUUGUGCUUUAACUGUAUAUUUUUUGUAAUAUUUUUUAGUCAUUUUCCAUAUACUCAAGUCAUAGGUGAUAAUUACUAUUUUUAUACCAAAUCUCUUUAGCAAUUAGAACAAGUACUUUGUCAUUUAGUUGGAAAAGCCUGUGAUGAAGAAAACAGUGACUUUAAGAAAUUGUGCCAUAUAGUAUGUACUGUAUUCUGACUGGAUAUUCAAAAAAUGAUGUAAGAUUUGUCAAAUAAAAGAUAAUUUUAAUUUUUCAAUUCUGUUUACUUUGUUACAGGUAAUAUCAGCUUGUGUCAAUGUAUGCAAUAAACCAAAUACAAUU